AUGAUGGAAUUCUGUCCUCAUUGCUCACUAUCUGGUUUUUCAGUCCCUUUGCUGAAGAUUAAGUCUUCGGCAGGCUCUAUCAAUGGUAUCUGCCCUUCGGAAAGUUGUUCUUUUCCUUUUUCAACAUAUUCAGAUCUGCAGUUAUCCCUAUGCAAACAAGUGAAUGACAGUGCUUCUGAAGAGUCACAAACAGUACGCGGGUUUCUUGAUGAGUUGUUUGGCAUGGAUCAUAGGAAUGAAGUCGACGCACAAACCACGUCCGAAAGCAUUAAUUUUUCCCACGCAGGUAGUGAAUCCGUACCUACAAGCAAUGCAUCCUAUGGCUUUGAUUUGACACAAUCAGAUAUCAUCGAAAAGUCUCCUAUCGAUGAUCUUUUUCAGAACAACUACAUGCUACCACGAUAUUUAGCAGAUGACAUGAAGAGAAUUAUUAGUGAAGAUAUCUGCUCACAGCGUCCUCAAUUUUCAACCACCUCUGGUAAGCUUAAUCGAAGUAGCGACAGUGGAAUUUCUCUUUCCUCUCGAUCUUCGAAACCGUGCACACCUCUUAGUUACAGUGAGCAUGUUGCACAGCGGACAUCCAAUCAGAAUGAUGCUGUUUCAGUAACUAAGUCGGUGCCAGGAUCUUCCUCUUCAGUUAGGAAAAUGAAAACUAUACCUAAUGUUGAUCAAAUGGUCAAGCUUCAAGAAAAACUCGUUACCGCCCAUUUCAGUCAAGAAUCAAAGGCUACAAAUGUCACAUCUUUCGCACAACCCGUGAAUGCAGCUGAAGUACUAUAUCCUUCUAAUGUAAAUAUUCCCAGCUCUGUAAUAAAUAAUGAAGCAGUUCAUACUUUGGGAGUACCGCUUUCAAGUCAUCUUCGUGUUUUCGAGGGUUAUAUAUGUGCAUAUGAUCGUCGUAAUCGAAUUCCUUACUGGGUAAUGGAACAUUUGAAUCCUGCUAAACUAAAUCAAGAAGAUAUCACCAAAGCUGGAGUUGAUCGUGAGAAAUUUGAUUUCUACGAAGACUUGGGUGAGAUUAAAAUGUUUCGUUCUACAAACGAUGAUUAUUUUCGUUCUGGAUAUGAUCGUGGUCAUUUAGCUGCUGCAGGCAAUCAUCGUCAAAGUCAUGCUGCUAUGAGUCAAACUUUUAUCCUGAGUAAUAUUACACCUCAAGUAGGUAUUAUCCGAGGGUUUUGUUUUGUUUCUACAUGUUAUAGCAAAUAUUUGAUAACCUUUUAGCACAUAAACACUAAUUAGAAAUCUUCAAUGCAAGUAAAUUGUAUACGGAGUGAGUUUAAGUAUUCAGUUAAAUUCGAUUAAUUCGAGUAAAUCUCCGCAUUGAUGAUGAUACAUGUCUUUCCAGUGAGAACUACAACUCAGAGAAUAUCAGAACAAACCUAUUUGAUCAUAGAAGAAAAGAGAUGAUUGCAGAAAAUAAAAAAAAUUUCUUCUCGACGAACUCAUGAACAAUUAGUAGGAAGGACAGAACAUUGUAGAGUAAUUUCCGAUCAAAGAUAAAUUGUGUAUAGGUACUUAAAAGAUUUAUUAAUUGAUUUUAGGUUGGAACUCACCAUGGGAUGACACCAAUUG